AAAACCUGAUAUACUCUUCCGAACCCAGAUUUGGAUCGAUCUGACGUGACACAAUGACAGGAUUUCAUCCAUCGGCGUUCCUUUAGCAAUAUCAUGGCGGAUGGUUGUUGUCAUGUAAAGAAAUAGUUCAGAUUGUCAUCAGAUCAGCUGCGGCUGCUGAUAGUGAGUGAACACGGGCUUAAAAAAUAUAAUGUUGUCUUACUAUACGCAGUGUAUAUAAUGUAAACAUGGUGGACACAUUAUUAUAUAGAUUACUGUUUAUUUACUAAACCGCAGGCUACAGUGUAGUUGACACACAAGGCAUGGUGUUUGUGGUUCACUGUGCAAACAGACGCAGUUACUGAUAGCAUGAAUGAAAGGAUUAUCUCUCCAUUUCACCUUGUUUAUUUGUGUGAAUGGGCUGAAAUCCACGGUUUGAACAGAUAUAUGUAGUUUAAAAUAGGUGAAUGUAUAAAGGAGGGGUGUGGCAAAGCGCUGUCACGAGCAGCUGAUCUGUGAUUGGUUUCCUCCCAGGAAAGGGCUUUUCCUCAGUACGUGUUUUGAUUUAAAUGUCGCGCGGGAGAGGAAGCCUAUGCACCCUUCACGUGCUAUUGAAAUGAUUUUAAUCGCGGGUUUCUGAUAUAACCGUUAUCCACUAAAGGCUUUUAUUAACCGAGUUGCAUUAUUAAACCUUUAUUUUGUCCUCAUAGCUGAGUAAAGGGCGGAUCCAUAUUCGAUACAGGAAUAUGGUGACUAAACGGAUUAGGUCAGAAUAUAUGAAGAAAUUUAAGGAUCCGAAAUGGGAAACAUACGCAAAAUGUUAUGAGGAUUUGGUGAGCUACAGACUGUCGAGGCGAAUGUUGGAGCAAACACACAACCCGUGGUUUUGGGAUGAAUGUGGAAGCGACACAGAGUCCAGUGGCAAAUGUACACCUCAGGAGAAAACUAACGAGUACAGGCAAACAGAAAAGGAGACAGGGGUGCUCGAAGAGCAUGGAGCAGAAGAGGCGAGAGAACCUGAUAUGAGCCAUAUCAGAGAUCAAGUAACAGAAGAUGUCAAACCUCAGGAAAAGGAGGAAGAGAAAGGCACUACACUCUCCCCUGUUGGCCCUGUCAUCCCACCAGAAAAGUAUCCACAUGUUCAGAGCAAUACAAAAAGCAAACCAAGGCAUUUAUACAAGACAACCCGAACUAAAGCCAAGCAACACAUUACCAAAGACAUUGACAAAGAAAGCAGACAUCCCUUUGCUAUGUAUGGCUCAGGAGAGAGACAGGCAGAUAUGGCCUCAAAAAGAACGCACAAUGUUGGUCCAGCAGCAUCAACCAAGGAGAUCCAUGAGUCGGCACUACGAGCAAAAAACAGGCGAGAAGGUGAGAAACAGAUGAAGAGAAUGGACAAGCGAAGAGCAAAAUCAGCUGACUUGGAAAAGUUGAGCAAAAGCAAGCUCGUCCCUGAUUAUAACCCUUGGAUGACGGAGUAUAUGCGUUGCUUCUCUGCAAGGUCACAGUAAAAGUUUGAGACUGCCAGUAACAUUCCUUCCAGUUCCAGGUAGAAGUGUGUUUCCAGCUUGCCUGUCUUCCUAAAUGGCUUGCUAUCAUGAAAAAUCAAAUGACAAAAUUACA